UCAGAGCUAUUAUCUACGCGCAUUUGAUCGGUCGUUUUAUUCAGAGCAACAAAACAUUUCGAGAGUUCUAAUUGGUGAAAGGCAGAAGAUGAAGAGGAAUUUGUGCACUUACAGUGCUGCUGCUGCUGCACAUGUUUUCAGGAAAUUAGAAGGCAAGGUUGCACUGAUCACCGGCGCCGCCAGCGGCAUCGGCAGGGAAACCGCCAUAAAGUUCGUGGAAAACGGCGCAAAGCUAGUAAUCGCCGACAUAGAUCACGACCAAGGUAAAUCUUUAGCCACCCAACUUGGCAAGAACGCCUCUUUCAUCGGCUGUGACGUCAAAGACGAAUCCGCCGUAUCUGCAGCCGUCGAUCAUGCCGUUUCCCACUUCGGCCGGCUCGAUAUAAUGUUCAACAACGCCGGCAUCGCCUGCCGUACUUCUCCGUCGAUAGUCGAUCUCGACCUCGCAAAUUACGACCGUGUAAUGGCCAUCAACGUCCGAGGCGUAGUUGCCGGGAUCAAACACGCUUCGAGGGUAAUGAUCCCUCAACGAUCAGGAUCAAUCCUCUGCACUUCAAGUAUUACGGGUAUCAUGGGCGGUCUAGCGCAGCAUACUUACUCGAUUUCAAAGUUCUCAAUUGUGGGAAUUGUGAAAUCGUUGACGGCCGAGCUUUGUCGUAAUGGGAUCAGGAUUAACUGCAUAUCGCCGUUUGCGAUCCCGACAAGAUUCGUGAUGGAGGAGAUCACUGGUUAUUACCCAGGUCUGGAUUCUGAAAAGAUUACUGAUAUGAUUCACAAAAUAGGCCAGUUAGAAGGUGCGUACUGUGAAGCGUCGGAUAUCGCGAACGCCGCCCUGUUUCUAGCGUCGGAUGAAGCCAAGUAUAUCAGUGGGCAUAAUCUAGUGGUGGAUGGUGGGUUUACUUCUACUAAGAGUCUGAAUCUUCCAACACCUGAUCAAUUGAAUUAA